AAACCAAAAACUAAAAUAAAAUGAGUUUGUACUCGGCGCUCUUCUGGACAGACCUCUUAAAGAUGGUGCACAAAGCCAAUUUAAUUAAGGAGAAUGCAGAGCUAAAACAGCAAAUAAAAAACGAUGUAAAGAAAACAUUGCAGUGGAAAUUCCCAAAUACCUCGCUUCAGGUGAGAUUGUUUGGCUCCCGCAUAAUGGGAGUGGGUGAUUCCGAAUCAGACCUCGAUAUAUAUUUAGUUAUAGGUAACUCUUCUGGAGUAUAUAACGAGAAGUUAACCCGGAAAGUACGUUUUAACCUUCGCACGAUCGUAAGUGCGAUCCUAGAUAAUAAAACUAAGUGGGAACUUACAGCCGUCCUAGAUCGCACCUUUCCACUCGUCACUGUCCUCCAUAAAGGGACAAACAUUAAGUGCGACAUAAACUUUCUGAACAGAAUGUCUUGUGACCAGAACCAGUUGGUCAACUACAUUUUUAAGCUGCAGCCCAUUGCUCGCUACAUGGUGAUAUUUCUGCGGGCCUGGUCCCAAAAACACGGCCUUAGCAGAUGCUUUCGAAGCCAUAUCUUUAUCUUGUUGGUGAUUUUCUUCCUGCAAGUCCAGGGCCAUCUACCAGCCAUCAAAGAUCUUCAGACUGACCUUGUUCCCAAUGUUGCUCCAUGGACAUCAAACUUUCACGAAUUUCCGUUGUCAAAGUUUGCUAUGAAGGAAAUUGGAGUGAACGAAAACAAAACUCGCCAGAUCUUACACGAAUUCUUCAAGUUGUAUUCUACCUUUCCCUUUCACGAGCUGGUUGUUUGUCCCUAUCUGGGAAAGCGUGUUAUUCGCAAACAGCUAAAGGACUUAAUGCCCCCAUGUUUCAAGUAUCCAGUCAAAUCUCCGGUGUUCGUACAAGACCUGAUACUCUUGAAUCAUAACAAGGGCUUCCAAAUAAAGCAGCUGCAGAUUUACGCGUUUCAAGACGAGUGCUGCGCUGAAAUAGAAGAUUAUGAUGAUGAUUAUUAUUAAAACAUAAAAAUUGAUUGCACGUCCGUCCGACCGACGUAAGCGGCCACGCGUUCCGGUCUGGAUUAACUCAAGACCCGUCUACAAAUAUUUUCACACACCACCAGAUGGAAUCAUUUCUUUAGAUUAAAAUUACAAAUAUUCAAAAAUCCAUAAUAAAAUU